GUCAUUGGCGGGAAACAGUUAAAUUUUUUUUAUUUGCGUACGUCUCGUGACGUGACUCAUAUCAAUACCAAGAGCACCAAAGAGAACUCAGUUAUUUAUCGCCAGUAGAACUGGAAUCAUCAAAUUAAAAAAUGGCUCCUCGUUCUUUUAAUAAAUCAUCAGUUAAAAAAUUAAUUCGUCUUGUACAGAAGAAUCCAUGUUUGUAUGAUAAUAAAGCUAAGAAGGCAUGCAAAGCUGAAGACAUUGAAAAAAUUUGGAAAAAAAUUGCCAAAGAAUGUUCUCUCGAAGUCGCACAAGUCAGGAGGAAGUGGACAAAUCUUCGGCGUGUUUAUGUAUCCGAUGUAAAGAAAAAGACAGAUAAAUCAAAUUAUAAAAGUGAGCUAAAUUUUUUGUACAAUUUUGUACUCGAUGGUCAAGAUGUCAGUAACGAUGAAGUUAAGAUUGUUGAUGAAGUUAUAAAAAAAGAACCUCGGGAUACUGGUUAUGAUAAUGAAUAUGAAAAUCGUCCGUCAACAUCUUUAGGUCGACAAUCUGUGCUUAGCGGAUAUGAUCAUCCGUCAGUGACAAUUUAUCCGUCAAACGGAUCACUUCAAAUCGACGAUGACGAAUUGAAACCUUAUUUUGAAUCAAUAUAUCGGAGUACGAAAAAAUUGCCGCGAGAUCUGCAAUUACAAGUGAAAACUCAAUUUUCAAAAUUUAUUAAUGCUGCUGAAGCAACUGCCAACGAAAGAGAUUUUCAGUGAAUACUAACUACUCAUAGUCAACAUGAUAUUUUUUAACCAAAAGUUAAUGACGGCGCGAAAGUACUAGCAUUUAUUUCAAAUUUCAAGUACAUGUUACAUUAAAUUUGAAAGAAGAGUUUGAAAAUUAUUUGACUUGGGAAAAAAAUUUUGAUAAAGCCUCCAUUCGAAUACGAAAGAGGAAAAAGUGCAAACUCCCCUUAAAUAAUUUAUUUUUUUAUUGGAUGAACAAAAAAAAAUAAUCACUUUGUUUUAAAUAUUUUUUGUAUGUAUAAUUAUAGACAAGUACAAUCCCAGUUAUUGUCGGCUAUGAAAACUCGAAGAAUAAAUAUUUAUAAGUUUUUUAUGCUCAAGGAUUUAUGAAAAUAAAUAUCCGAAUCAGUUUUAUCACCAUAAAACAAUAAAAAUAUUUAUUUUUAUGGAUUCUAUAUUUUUUUUUCAAGACACCAUCAAGUAGAAUGUAUACCUCUGCAUAAUUACAUUUUUUUAACAAUUAUAAAUAUAUAUCCUUACCAUAAGUUAAUUUUCAUUUCAAUUUAUCAACCUAAAUCCCGACUCUUUGACCCUGCGGGCGCCAAUUACGAAUUUUCCAUUUAAUUUUUUAAUUUAAAUUUUAUGCCGAAUUUCCAAAAAUGCUUCAGGAACUUUCGAUUCUAAAUCGUUUUUCUGUACUGCUAUAUUUCUGUUACACUUCUUCUGGGACAUCCUGUAUAUAUAUAAUAUAUAUAUUUCAACAUUAAUACUACUGCGCGCAGUAAAAAGUUAAAGAUAAUUUCUGAUAAAAGUUAUAAAUAACAAAGGAUUAAAAAAUGCUAUCAGCCGCUAGCGAGCCCACCAGCUAAGCGGGCAUAUCAGACAAAACAUUUCACUGUUUAAUACACACAUGGUCGUUAAAAUGUAGCGUUAUAAUGGUGACUCAAUCAUUGGCGGGAACUUGUCGCCAGUGUUAUAUUAUUUUUUACUCUGAGUUAAAACGCAGAACAGAAAACGCUUCACUUCAGUUGUAAACCAUCAGUAGUACUGAAGAGGUCUGGACUGAUCGUCUAAUUUAUUGAUGUAAAAAAUUACAAUGGCUUCUUAUCCGUCAAGUACUUCAGAUCCUAAAUUAAAAUUCAUAAAUUGUGUACGUAAAUAUCCUGGACUGUAUGAUCCAACUGAAAAAAAUUAUCGCGACCGUGAUUACACCGCAAUUGCUUGGGAAGAAAUCGUAAAAGAAUGUCACAUGCCAUCAGUGGCAAAAGCUAAAACGAUGUGGGGAAACCUUCGCAGAGUAUAUAAAUACAGUUUAAGUAAUCCAAAGAAAAAAAAACCAAAGUAUUACAAUGAUCUUAAAUUUAUGUUUUCAUUUAUCCAAAAAAAUGAUUGCGACGAUAAUGACGACGAGGUACAGUUCAUAAUGAAAAAAGAACGGACAGAUGACGACGAAAUUGAAAGAGAAAAUUUAUCAGAGAGAUCAUCCUCAGUUAUGACCAAUCGACGAAGAAAUUAUUCAAUUGACAAUCGUCCUUCGACGUCUGGACGUCACUCUGUGUUACACGAUCAUGAGUAUCCUAGUUCCUCGUAUCCUAGUGGCUCGCAACAGAUCAAUCAACAGGACGACUUGAAGGUUUUUCUCGACUCGAUGUAUCUCAUGGCGAAAAAAUUACCACUCGCGUUGCAGAGGCAUGUCAGAAACCAGAUUUUUGAAAUUAUCAAAACUGCUGAAUCGAGUACUGUAAUUGAAGAAACCAACUGAUAAGUAUUAUUUUUUAUAAGAUAAGGACUACUCACUACUAUUAGUUAUUAUACUCAAUAGAUAUAUCUAUUUUGGUUUUUUUAAAGAUUAGAUGUAAAAAUAUCUAUGUAUUUCAAGGAUUAAUUAUUACAUGGAUAAAUUAUUUUUAUACACUGUGAAAAAUUCCUAUUAAAUUUUACUAUGGGUGCAUUGUAAACCCGGACCAUAAGAAAACUGAUACAAAAUUUACAAGUGUCCCAUAGUAAACGUAUGCGCAUAGGUCCCAAUUCUGUCGUCUGCGCAUACUGUUUACUAUGGGACACUUGUAAAUUUUGUACCAGUUUUCUUAUGGUCUGGUGUUAUAAUGCACCCAUAGUAAAAUUUGUUGGAAAUUUUUCACAGUAUAUGAAAAGCUACGGUGUCAUAGCAAAGCCGAUCACAAAUUACUGUAACCGUAAACUUACAAUAAAUCUUAUUAUGGCCGUAGUAAUUUUUUUUGUUCAUUUCAAUUUCUAUAGGCGGCAAAUAUGGCCUGGCUUUACUAUGACACCAUAGAAUUUCAAACAGCAAUAAUUUCCGUUGCAAUAUUAUUCUUUAUUUUGCUCAGUGAAAUUGCUCAUUGAUUUAAUUAUUUUUUCUACACAAAAAAUAAUUAAAUUUUAAUAUCAAUUUGUUCAAAAAUUAAUUUGCUGUACCCGGAAUUUCAUAUUAUAAAGUCCUCUGAACAAUUAAAUUUAAAUUAAAUUCUAUUUUAUAAUAAAAUAAAAAAUUAUAUUUAAUUAAUCCUAUUUUAAAAUAUUUAUA